GGUUGGUAGGGUGGCUUAUUUUGGGAAAACGCCCCAAAUAUCAACAUAAAAAGAAUUGUGGUAAUGGAGAAGAAGGCGAAGAACGCAGAGGCGAUCGACGAUCAAGAUCACGAUCGUCUUCCUUACAGACUUGUUCUUACUUGCCCCUCAGGUCUCUCUCCUUCACAGGUGUCAGUGGUUUUUGAUCAAGCAUUCGAUAGGAUUCCCCAUCCCGACAUCAACUUGGAAAACUCCAUUUCUGAGGUAUGGGAUCGAAGGGUCCUACAAAACACGUCGUUAUUCAAUGGCAAAAAGUUCAGGUAUGGCGGACACGACUUGAAUAGUGAAGGUGACUCCAAUCAAAAGCAUCAUGUUUGCCUACACAUUGGUUUGACAGAUUAUAGGACUUUUGUGGGGACAAACUUAAGUCUUUUGUGGGAAAAGUUUCUUGUUCCAUCAGAAGAUGAUUGUAGACAGUGCCAACACACCUCAAAUCCCCUGGGUAAUGGUGCAAUUGUUGAGACAUCUGACAAGAGAAUACUUGUGCUGCAAAGAAGUCAUAAUGUUGGGGAAUUUCCUGGACACUACGUUUUUCCCGGAGGCCAUCCUGAGCCUGAAGAAAUUGCGAUAGCAUCUCAUCAGUGUGGCAAAGACAAGAACAACACUGAGCUUAUUAAUAGAAAGAUUUCUCAGGAGAUGUUUGACAGCAUUAUCCGUGAAGUAGUUGAAGAAAUUGGAGUACCUGCAACAUCCCUUUGCUUUCCAGUCUUUAUUGGUGUAUCCCGCAGAGUUUUGAAUGUUAGACCAGCGGCAUUUUUCUUCAUAAAAUGCAGUCUUCCUUCAAAGGAAAUUCAACAACUAUAUUCUAGUGCACAAGAUGGCUACGAGUCAACACAGCUUUAUACCGUUUCAAUGAACGACUUAGAAAACAUGGCAUCUAAAAUGCCGGGCUGCCACCAAGGGGGAUUUGCACUUUAUAAAUUAAUGGUAGAAGAGAUGAAGGAUAAAUAACCGUAGAAGCUAUGAACCCAUAAAAGGUACAUACUCGGAAGUCCAUGAUUGCUACUCAAUCUAGUUUAUCUGCCCUUUACAUUUGAGUGACAUUUUUAUGCCAUCGACUUUAUCUGUCCGUAUGAUUUGUCUUCCUGAUGUAAGAACAGAAUUACUGUGGCAUAUUACUUAUACAGGUAUCAUUCUGCAUUUGUAUCAAUCUCCUACGUACUAGUCAUACUGGCUAACAUGGCUUUUCACCACAUGCCUUUUUAGUAAAACCCAAACUAUGUUGAACAUAUAUGUAAUUCAUGGUUUUAAUGGCAAAAUGAUUUUAUGGCAUUGGCACCCAUUUUAAUAGUA